AUGUUGGCUGGUGAGGAGACCAGUAUAGAAAUAGUGCAGCGAUGGUUACAAAGGCGCGGGAGCGACGAAGUGGAGACAGGCAGUUCGAGCGGAUCACCUGGGGCGCGCGCUGGCCGCCGCUCCUCACUUGCACUCACUCCUGAAGAUGAACCACUAGUCGAUAUCGCCGUAAGUGCUUUUACUGCAUACCUAGUUGCAUAG